UGAACUAGACUGAACUAGCCAGUACUAGUCCGGAUUUGACUAGGCUUUCAGUGCUCGGGAUGACUUGUGUGUGAGAUAAGGAACAAGGACAGUGCUUGUAUUUGUUUGCUUGCCUUGCAUAACCUUGUUUGUCGGUCUGGUCAUCUUCCACUAGGGUUACGAUUUUAAGGUUGUGGAAAUCGCUGUAAUUCAUAGUGGUUUUAGUUCAGAGGACAACGGAGCUUUGUAUGAUCAUACGUACACACACAUUUACAUGGACACGCAUACACGCAUACACAAGUAAACCAUUUUUCUUCUUGCUUUUAAUGGUUAUUGAGAAUUUGUGUGGAUCAAGGUUUGCGACAGGUUUUCUCGGAAAAAUAAAAUAAAGUGAUUAUUGUUGUGUAACCAGUUAAGAAAGAUAAGAUUUGUGCAAUUGAGGAAAAUUAUUCAAUAUUUGGAUUUGUGGAUAUGUGUCUGCUUCUAUGAGAUAAGAAAUAUACACAGCAAAUUAUUUACAGUAUGGUGUGAUAUUUUGUAUUUUGCGUAACUGUGCAAAGAUUAUCCAUAACCUGUGCAUCUCUAUCUCUGCUGCAGCUCCCUCAAUGCUCUCAUAGGAAAGACGUUUGUGGUGUAAAUGUGAAGUGAACUAAACCCCAAGAUGGUAUCUGGGAGCGGGGGUCACAAUGGAGGGGCGGCAGGUGAGGGAGGAGCCGUGUUGGAGGAGGAGGAGGCCAUCAGAAUCUCCCUCACCCCCCACCUCCAUGCCCUCAUGAUGGCCUCACACCGACGAAACUCCUGCUGUCCUCUGCUCUUUGAGAGGGCGGCCGACACUUGGUGGGAUCCCAGAUUUGAUAGUGAAAUCCUUGAGGGUCAGUACCAGAGAUCUUCUCUACCAACCCUGACAGUACGGUUCCGCUAUGCACUAAUAUAUGUUAUAGUGAGCAGUCUUACCUGGACUCUGUAUUGGGCAAUCUCACGAACUUCACACUGGCCUUCAUGUUUAGCUGUAGCUGUGACGCUAGCCUUCUCCUCAGUUUUUCAACUUAUUUAUACUCGGACAAAAAGUUACCAGAGCCACCAGAAGAUUGUAUCAAUAGUCAUGUCUGUCUCUUUGAUGUUCGUGAGCCUUCUGCCGUACUCCCUACACAGAUCCACUCCAAAUGAUGAUCUCUCGUCUGUGGGCAUGUUUGCCAUAUGUAUUGAAGUUUUGCUCCUGAUCUACACAGUGAUACCCCUGCCCCUCUACUUAACAGUGAUCAUGUCUUUACUGUACACCGCCACAUUUGAAAUACUGAACGGGCUUAUUAUAGAGAGCGAGAUCAAACUGAUUUGUGUGCGUCUUGGUCUGCACUUCUGCAUCCACCUGAUUGGUGCCCAUAUCAUGAUUAUGACACAAGUACGAAUGCGUGGCACUUUUAUGAGCAUCGGUCAGUCUCUCCUGGUGCGAAGACAGUUAGAAAUUGAGAAGACCCUAAAGGAAAAGAUGAUCCACUCAGUCAUGCCUCCAAAAGUCGCAGACUGGCUCAUGAAGGAAACUGCUGCAGAGGAGAAUGAUGAUGUCACACACUACCGGGAGGACGGGGCUAUACUGAGACCGGUGUCAUCUCCACGGCCAUCUCACACGAGUGGUUUAGACUCUAUGUUCAGACCUUUCAACAUGCAUGGAAUGGACAAUGUUAGCAUUCUCUUUGCUGAUAUUGUUGGUUUCACCAGAAUGAGCUCAAAUAAGACUGCUGAACAGCUCGUUGACUUGCUGAACGACCUGUUUGGCCGUUUUGAUGACCUCUGUCAGAAGCAUUGCUGUGAGAAGAUUAGCACACUUGGGGAUUGCUACUAUAGUGUUAGUGGAUGCCCUGAACCCAGACCAGAUCAUGCAGAGUGCUGUGUAAAUAUGGGUCUGGCAAUGAUUGAAGCCAUCCGAGAAUUUGAUAUCGAUACCAACGAGGAUGUAAAUAUGCGUGUUGGGGUGCACACUGGGAAGGUAUUGUGUGGCAUUGUGGGUACCAAGAGAUUUAAAUUUGAUGUGUGGUCAAACGAUGUAACUUUAGCUAACCAGAUGGAAUCAACAGGGAAGCCGGGCCAGGUGCACAUAUCUGAUGCUACUCUGACCUUCUUACCAAAAGAUAUAUACAUAAUUAUAGAGGGAUCAGAAGUGAAAGGCUACAAGACACACUUCAUAACAGGUUACAAAUUAAAGCCCAUAGAUAGACGAGAAAAGUCCAACGAUCACUACAAUUCUCACAAGGAUAACAAGAAAGCCUCAAGCUUGCCAAACAUCCUGGACUGCGGGAAGGAAGCCGAUGGAAAUGGCAACAUGAAAACCAAGCCAGACCUGGAGGGAACGAAAAGCAGGCGUUCCCUUGCGCCAGCGAUAGACCUCCCUCGGCUCAGAAUACCCAGACUGCCCAGGAGCUCAGAUAAAGCCAAAGUUAAAACUGCAUCUCUACCAAAGAUUGGAAGCAAACAGGAGAAUAACAAGUCUGCUGAAUGGAGCGAGCUGUGGAGCGGAGGAGACCUGGAGGAAGGCCUUGGACCAGGGUGUGGCAACAGCCCCUCCACCCUCACCCCCACCUACACCUCCACCCCCACUACCCUCCCACCAUCACCACAGCCACCUCCUCCCACCCCCCACACCCCCACCGCACCAGAUUUACCCGAGGAUACGCUGGCCAUGCCCCACCUACCACGGGGAGGACUCCAGAACUCUUGGGGCAGCGUCACUGGCAAGGACCCCAGGAAGGACUCUGGCAUCAGAAGUAGACGGUCAAGCAUUCAGGCCCAGAUUUUUGCAAUUAAUGGUAUGAGUCCCGGAGACUUACUAACACAUCGAGUCAGUGGAUAUUACACCUCCAGCCAGUCUUCUGUUGCUGAAAACAAACUGGCUGAGAUGGGGGAAAGUGUGAGUGGAGCCGAGCCAAGCAGCAUCCCCCUUAACGAGAGCCUAACUCGCUUCCACCAGCUUAGAAAACAGUCAGAUCUGGAACUGAUCAAGUGUGUACAACGCGACACCAACCACCGGCAGUACAUCUUGGCUCCACCUCUCUCUCAGCUGACAUUAUUCUUUGUAGAUGAAGAGCUUGAAAAACAGUACCGGCAACAGACCCACCAGCCGAGACAUGACUCUCCCCCUACCUUAGCAUCUAGCCACUUCAAUACCUAUUUUGAUAUAUUGGUUAGUGUACUAGUUUAUAUUGUAGUCAGCUUCUCCCUCUUUGUUUUAUUUCCUUAUUCACAAAGCUGGCUUAUCCUCUGUUUGGUGUCCACAUGUUGGCACUUACUGCUGUUGGUCGUUUGCUCACCACAAGUUGUCCGUGGUGAGAAUUACGUCUCGUCCUCAUCUCGAACCUAUAGCCUGUACAGCAAAUUGACUCGGUGGCGCCCAUGGCAUGCAUGUGGGACAUCCCUCAUCUGUCUCCCUCUUGCGGCUGUCUUCUCAAACUUUUCCUGUGAGUCAAUGUGGGUCAGUGAUGAUAGAUACUCUUUGAAGUUCUUCUGCUUCUUAGCAUUUGUGGCAACAAUACACCUUUGUAACUUCACACAACUUAAUUGUUGGAUGAAGAAUAUUUUAGCAACCAUUGGGACAGUAGUUUUGUUGGUUCUGAUAGAGCCUUCCUUUUGUAGGGGAGAACAAGUUAAUGGGAAUUUCACCAAUAAUAAUAUUACAGUAUCAGAACAUGAGGAAUACGAAAGCAUUGGAUACCAAGAGGAGGUAAUGGCAGCAGUAUUACUUCUUGUGCUGGUUUGGUUCCUCAACCGGGAAUUUGAGAUAAGCUACAGGUUAAGUUUCCAUGGAUCAGUGAUGGCCAUAAAGGAUAAGGUCAGAGUGCAGACAAUGAAGGACCAGGCAGAAUGGCUGCUGCACAACAUCAUCCCAAGACAUGUGGCUGACUCCAUUAAAACUACUGCCAAAUACUCUGAAAACCACAAGGAUGUAGCUGUCAUGUUUGCAUCCAUUGUAAACUUCAAUGAGCUUUAUGAUGAGGACUACCUAGGGGGGAAGGAGUAUCUACGUGUCCUCAAUGAACUAGUCGCUGACAUGGACGAGCUCCUUUCGCAAGAUGAAUUCAAGAAUAUUGAGAAGAUCAAGACUAUAGGCAGUACUUACAUGGCAGCAGCAGGGUUAGAUGCCAAAGUCAGAGCUGAGAACACAGAUGCUCAUCAACACAUAUUUGAAUUGGUGGAGUUUGCCCUGGCCAUGCAGAAGGUUAUAGAUGACUUCAACCAGGAUCUCAUUGAGUUCAACCUGAUCCUGCGCAUUGGCCUCAACUUUGGUGAUGUGACAGCUGGUGUCAUAGGCACUACCAAAUUAUACUAUGACAUUUGGGGAGAUGCAGUGAACAUAGCCUCGAGAAUGGACUCAACUGGGGUACCAGGACGCAUACAAGUAAGUGGUGCUUGUGCUGCCAUCCUCAACAGGCGCUAUGAACUGGAGCGCCGUGGACCAGUCUUUGUGAAGGGGAAGGACAACAUGGACGUUUAUUUGCUCAAAGGGAGGAAGGACGACACAUGAAGGGACUACAACAACAAUGUAAGGUUUUGGCUUUGUCAAGACAAGUUAACUGAUUCAGAAUAUCUUGCUGAAUGUCUUGCAUUAGGUUAACAUUUCAUGGCCAUAGUUUCUCUGCUGGGAUGAGGAAUGUGAUUCAACCACAUGGUGUCAUUGCAGUGCAGUCUUUAUGUAGAGAAACCUUCCCAUGAAAUAAGUUAUCCCACUGGGUUUAGUACUAAUUUUUCAUUUCUUUUUUUUUUUCUUUUUUACUCUCUUUCCUUCAUUUGUUUUAGUAGUGAAAAUAUAUGCAAAAGAAGACUGUGCAUGUUCACGUCUGUAUAAGUGGACUCCUAUGCACAGAAGUCAUUGUGUGAUAUGUCACCAGGAUCUAGAAAGUGAAGGCACUGCCUUGGAAGCUGUGCCUAGAAAUAGUUGCACUAAUAACGUUGAGAUUACAAUGCACAAAUUUGUACGCUCAAAACUAACGGCAUUGACAAACUUACAGUGGCAGGAAUAAAAUGUUAAAAAAAACUCUUUAACAAGCACAAAAUAACUGAAUUUUAGGCUUAAGGUUUUCAUAGGAUGCAGUUCCUGAGGAAAGGUUUGAAUGAUUAAAAAGAAAAUGUGUGUGGAGAAAAAAUUCUUCCCUUCAAAUAUGGGUUUGCUUAUGUUAUAUUAAUAACUAGUGUUUAUGAGUCAUAAAUGAAUUUUAUUAUAUGUUCCAUUAUUUGUAGAUAUUUACACACACACACAUGUAUCCUUGUAGUUAUGUAUAUGUGUGAGGGAAUUAUGUGAGGUGUGCAAUUUAUUUAAGAAUUGUUUGCUACACUUAGUUCAGAUGAAAAUUUCUAUCUUUUUGAAAUGCAAUAUAUUUAUUUGCCUUUUUGACUCUGUCUACAAGACUAAGAAAAAGAUGAUCAUUUGUAGACAGUAAAUCAACAUUUGCUCUGCCAAUUAGAAGUAGAAUUUUUUUUAAUAAGUUAGGAUAAUACUAAAGGGAUUUUAUAUAUGCUUUUAGAGUCACAUCAAACCAUUACACCCACUCGUAUGGAAGCAACAAAGUGGUGUAAUGGCCGGUCUCUCCCAACCCAGUGCCAUCGUUCACUAUGAACAUUAGAGAGAAGGAAGGAUCUUUCUGCUUUUUCUUUUUAUUACGGUGUUUUAUUGUACUGUUAUAGAUGGGAGAAAAGAAUACCGUUUCUCAUUUUUGUCAGUGGAAAUGCAUUUACUUAAUGUGUUGCUGAGGUAAUACAUGAUGCUUUUUAGAGUUGAUUCUUUUAUUUCUGAAAGGGGCAGUGCGCCAUGAUCUUCUUUUAAACAGUGUUGCCUCCUGAGUUCACAUGGCUCUAUAUAUUUUUAUACACAAUUAUGAGAAGAAAAAAAAUAGCUCGAGUAUGAUAUGCAGUAUGAAAGGGACAGUUUAAUGUCAAGAUUUCUUAUAGAAUAUCUACAGCAAAAGGACUGUGAAGCACACCAGAUGUUCACAAAUAAGCAGAUGGAAGAGUGGCUUGAAGUAACAUUACAUGAAGGUAUGAGGACCCAGUGGAAGCAAGGGUCAGCAUUGUAUGUAGCAGGAUGCAGUGGUGUGGAUCUGACAGUGAAUCUCACACCAAUAGUGAUAUCUCUCCUUGGACUGCUAAGUUUUAAUGAGAUAUCAAAAACAGUGCUCAGCUGCGAAAAAGAUCUGUGAAAGAAAAAAACUAUAUACAUAUAUAUAUACAUACAUAUAAGUAUUUACUCUAUGCAUUAAUGUUAACUUUUUUUUUUUUUUACUCUAUGCAUUAAUGUUAACUUUUUUUUUUUUUUUUUUUUUUUUUUUUAUCUAGACAGAUGUUUGCAGCUUCACAGAGUCAAUGAUUUGAUACAUCAAAAAAGGAAGGGAUUGGUUGUUAUAAUGUACUGGCUUUUCACUGCUGAAUUAUGCAUUGAAGAAUUGCAUUUGCAAAAUCUGUUACUUUGUCCAUAUUAUGUUGCAAGCACUGUAAUUUGCUAUAAUCUUUUUGCAGAUAUUGUGAAUUGUAUUUUUUCAUAAUCAAUGGAAUAUAAUGUGAUGUUUCUAUGUAUGCAAGUAACCAUAUUAGAACCAGAUGGCCAGAUUUGUUUAUGUUAGUGAUGCUUUUACAACUGUCAAAAGCCGUUAUGAAGGACUCCAUUUAUUUUUUAAUGAAUUGCUUUUGAUAAAGCUCAAAGAAAGAUGGGAUGAAACAGAAUGAAAGUCGGAUGGUAAGAGACGCACCAUUCGUGGUAACAUUCAGUUGUAUUCAGUACUAUCAAGAUGAGAUACAACCAUGCUACAAAGGCAAAUUGAUUUAGAGAAGGUGGCUUGCAUGUCCACUCCUUGUCAUUUAACUAAGUGUUUAAUUGCUUGUGACUGUCUCUAGGUUAAACAAUGGAUGUGACUCAACCAGUUUUCAACCCGCAUAUCAAGUUGAUCUCGUAAUUUGAUUGACUUCGCAGAGGACAAGAAGAAAGUGAACUUGUCACUCCCUCGUGCCAUGCAGAUGGUCCUUUACCAGGUGGUAGUGUUUAUGGUGAAAUGCAAAUGCUGUAGUACAGGUUUGCUUGUCUGUUUUGCUACUUACAUUUCCUUUUAUCUUUCAUUUUUAUUUAUCCCUUUUUUUAUCCGAUAAUUUGGGUUAGUUAUAGUUGGGUCUGAGUUUAGGGGUUAUUAUCAUCUAUCUGUAAUUGUUACUGAUAAAUUUUGUUUGACUACUUUUUACGUGAAUCAUUUUAAGAUGAACCUUUUGCUACUCGUUUCCGUGGUGCUGUUCCAAAAUUUUGCAAACAACAAAUGGUUAAACUCGUCUCAUUCCACAGAAGCUUUUAGUUAGUAGAAAUCCCCUUUUUACUUUUCAAACACAGUAUUACGCCAAUGACCAGAAACCUUUGUUUAUCGGACCAACUGUAGUAGAGUAACACCCAGUUUGCGGGACCUUUGAGGUAAGCGGAGAUUGUGCCUUUCUAUAUUGUAGGUUAAUGUGAUUUUUUUUUUUUUUAUAUAUAAUUUAAAUAAUUCUUGUUCCUUUUUCUAAAGAGUUGAUAUGGGAGGAGAGGGAGGGAAAAGUCAGGAGUUAGUGUUGAGUGAGUCGUACAUACACAGUGCUUUGUAACUUGUAAUAUAUUUAUAUUUGUGGUGUUUUAAUAUAGCUAUCCCAUUUGUUCCAAGCAUUGCAUUGUGGCAGUAUAUGUUUAUUUAAUCAUAGUCAGCCUUUUUUUUUUUCACUCUCUUCUUUUCCUUUCUUUUGUCAGAAUCUUGUUUUAGCAUUGAACUAGUUUUUGUGUUUUCAAGCGUCUAACUAUACAUGCUGAUGGUAUACGUAAAUUGUUUCCCUGUAAAUCUGUUUUGUGUAUUGAAGGCUUGUGACAGACAUUUUUCCCCUCCUCUUUUUUUUUUUUCUCUUUCUUUUUUGAUUAUAUGAAUGUGCCUUGUUUUAUUUCCCCACCUCGUCACCUCUCUCCUUGGUUUCAGUGUUAAACGUUAUGGUAAAAAUGUUAAUAUCCAUUUAAUUGAUUAUCAUUGCCUUUUGUUUUGCUUUUCUCACUGCAUCUUUCUCCUGUCCUUUUUUUUAUUUCCUUUGAUAACUCCUUGCUUAUAUAUACAUAGAUUUAGUGCCAGUAUGUCCUUUUUGGUAUAGCCUUUGGUAUGUAGAGUCAGUGUAGGUGAGCAGUACCACCUUGGACAACCUACAGUGUGUGUGCGAUGAUCACUUUGUAAGUUCAGUCACUCUCAAGAUGCUUUAAACAAAUGUGCGAGUCACUGUAUGUAUGCCUGUUCCCCUAGUUCCUGUUUAAGAUAUCUGUAGGGUAGAAUUAUUUUUAUUAUGGAUUUGAGUUUUUUAAAAACUUUUCCUCUGUUUCUUUUUCUUUCUUUCUUUCUUUCUUUUUUUUCAAAUGCAAAAAUGGAGAAUGAUAAAACUACUUGCUAUGGGCUGAGAAAGUACUCAUUAGUGGGAGUAAAUUGCCAACUUUCUUUUAUUAUCAAAAACUGUCCUUAGUCAUUAAAUUUUCAUUCACACUUGAUCCUCCUGAGAGAAGAUAUGAUAAAGAGAGAUUUAUUUCAGAUCACAUACAAUGUAAUCUGCUAGUAUAUACAGAUGUGAUCUUGCAAGCCCUGUCUUAGGCAGAUCCUUUACAAUCAGGAACUGAUAUUUUAAUGCUAUAUGAAUAUCAUUUUUCUUUCUUUGCAAUGAAUAUUUCUUCUUUAAGGGUUACUAAGUUCAGUGUACUUCUUGUCAAGCAAAAUCCAGUAAUUGUAAUGAAGCAGUUGCUCACAGUGAAGCUAAUUUGUUUAUUAAUGCAGAGAACUGUAAAACUAUGGAUACCGAGUUGAUUUCUGUAGAGGGUAUAUUUAAGAGAAUGUGAUACUUUUCAUAAAAUUGCCUUCUCAAAGUAGACAUUGUGAAAAGCACUGAAAUCUAGUAUGUGUCAGAUUGAAAAAUGAUAAUCAAAAUACUUAAUAUGGAGAGUAAGUGAGAGAUCCAGAAUUAUAUGGAAAUAUACUCAUCUAGUCAGUGUUGAUUGAUCAGGAAAAAAGCAUGUAUGUAGAUUAUGCUAAAUACCUGUACAUUGAUUAUUAUUACUACAUUUAUUAUUGUUUCACAAAUGGAAGAAAAAUAAUGUAAAUUAGUUUUUUCCUAUCAUAUAUACUUUUUUUUAUUUAACUUUUUAUUUUACUUUUUUGAAUGGACAGAUGAAGAUGAAUCUGUGACAAAAAUGCUGUAUGAAGCUCUAGUAUUUAAGUAUGAAUCAUAGAUAUAGAAGCAGUUGCAAUGGUUAUUAAUAUUGUAUAUUGCAUUUAUUUAUGCUAUUUGGCCAGUGGAAGAUAACAAUGUGCAGUAAAUGGAAGAAUAAAUUAUGAAAACAUGAAUUAUAAUGAGAGCUUAGAGGAUAAUUGAUGAUAGAACAGAAUAUAUAAUAGAUUUAUUUCAUUUUUUUUAUUAUACAUAAGUAUUAUUGUUACCAUCAUCGUCAUAAUUUUUCUAAAGAUAUGAUACGUAAAAUAGUAGUUAAUCACUUCAUAAACUUAAUUAUAUUUUUAUGAAGUUCAUUAUUGUUAACACGAUGAGGCAUAAGAAAUAGGCUUCUGUAUAUUAUUAUCACCAUUAAAAGGCUUUUGAUACUAAUUCCAUUUAAGUUACCUAAAUGUCUGCUUUUCCUCUUGUCUUCCAAGGUUUAAAAUCCUUCAGUCUUUUAAUUCUUCAUUGUUUAUAAUAAUCUCAUAUUGAGGUUAGCUAUUUUUUUUUUCUUUCUUUUAUUUCUUUUGGCUAAAAUUUAUAUGGUCUUGUAACUACUUUGUGAUUUUUUUUUUUCUUUUCAUUAACUCUUGUCUUGAUAAAUUACAGGAUCUCAUCUUCCUAAGAGUCAAUAUUUGUAGGGGUAAAAUCACAGCAGAUCUCAAGUUCAGGUGUUGUCAAGUGUCACAAUACAAGGCCUUUUGAAGAAGAGUGUAUCAUUUGAUGGAAAGUGUAAGAAAAAGGCAAAAAGAAGGAAAACACAUCAUUCCUUGGGUGACUUGAGCUUUCUGUGAUGCAAUUUUUUUGUGUAAUAUAGUUUGACAUGGGCCUUGCCUCCCUUUUUGUACACUGCAUUUUGACGAGUAGAAGAAUCACAAGGGCAAGUGAUAUUGUUAGCCUAAUAAACCAAAAAAAAAAAAUAUAUAUGUAAAAAAAAAAGCAGUAUAAAAAAACACAUAAAAAUAAUAGUAAAAAAGAAAAAAAAGGAAAUUAAAGAAAAAAAAUGGUAAAAAAAAAUCAAUACUCAGUUGGUUAUAGCUUUAAUGCAUCUCCUGGGUCACUGAGGAAGAAAGAUACAUGAUUGUGGAACUGCUAAGUAAACUCCCGGAAAAUGUUUCUUGUUACUUCUUGUGUUUUCCUUUUCCAUCUUAUUUUGCACCUAGUCAUUACAUUUGAAGAAUUUACGUUUAUUGUUAGUGGUUUUGUGAACAAGAUAGAUGAAGUUUUGAGUUGUGUGUGAUCAUUUGUCCAAAUAUGAAGAUGCUAUUGCAAGUAAUGUUUUUACUGUGACUGUAUCAUACUCUUUUGCCAUUCAGAAGUUAUUUCCACUUUCAUUACAAAAACAAAAAAUGUACAGAAAAUGUAAUUUACCAAAUCGUCCAAAUUGUGUAGAGAUAUUUUACAUAGGGGUUUUGUCGUUUUAUUAUUAUGCAAGUAGACAUUCCAUAUUGGAACCAUUUUUUCAGCUCACAUUAUAAUAUAUACACAAAAAAUAAUGAUAAACAAAGACUUGGUAGUCCCAUAAGAAAUGUUCAAUUAAGGCGUUGGCCGAGGAUGUACGGAACAGAGGAAGGACUUUGGGCUAGAUCUUUUGAGAUAAGAAAUUAGCACAUUAGUCUGGGAAGAUGGGUUCUGCCUUUUUUGAAUAUCAGAUUAGUUCACUGAAUUUUAUGAUGUUUUUUCAUUGUACAUAUUCCAUUAAAAAAAGAAUUUGUGCUUGCAUUUUUUUUUUACUUCUUUGUUUUUGUGGAAAAAAAAAAGUGACUGAAAGAGAAAUAUUUAUUGACUAAAUCAUAGCCUUACAUAUUUUGUAAAUGGUAGUCAGAGUUUUUUUUUUUGUUUCUUUUUUAGCAUUAUAACCACAUUCCACCCAAUUAAUCCACUGCCAAAGUACUCAAUUUAUUAGAAUCUCCAAAAGAGAAUCUCAGAAGAUAAGAUGCUUACCAUUAGGUUACUGGAAUAUAUAUUAAUUACUUUGCUAACAUUUGUGUAUAUACCCUAAGUCAAGAUGUAUAUUCAGUAACCCGUCCCCUUAUACCCCAUCUUAAAAAAGGAAAGGUGAAAAAGAAAGAAAGAAAGAAAAGAAAAAUAUAUAGUGGAACAUCUUCCAAAUCUGUCACAAUACGAGACUUUUUCCUACAGUUCCCCCCUAAAAGAACUGACAUGAUUUUGUAUUUUCUGAGGAGGUUUUUAGACCUAGUGAGAUCCCCAGUUCCUCCUUCCUUGGUGCUGAUUCCGUGCGUCCUCGUCCAACAGUGUGAAGGCCUGCUUUCUAUGCUCCUUCGCCCCGCUGCUGGGUGUUACGUGUGUGGCUUGUCUAUUACAAUUUUUACUAUUACUUGUCUUUUAACUAUUUAUUGUUUUAAAAUGAUAUUUUUAUGUCUUGCCAAGCCAAACUGUAUAUAAAGGAAAAAUAUCUUCUUUAAGA